CUCCUCCCAACUCUCGCAAAAACUUCCAAUCACUGUCCAUCAAUGGCGUUUAAUUCCAGGCUUUGUCUUCUCCUCCUCCUCCUCUUACCAGGUACUGUGAUCAAUGCGAGCGUGUUCACUCUCCAGAACCAAUGCAGUUACACGAUCUGGCCCGGAACACUCUCCGGCAACGGUCUCAACGCUCUCGGGGACGGCGGUUUUGUACUACCACCCGGUUCACAGCUCCAAUUCCCUGCCCCACCAGGAUGGUCAGGUCGGUUCUGGGGCCGAACAGGUUGCAACUUCGAUGCCUCUGGUACUGGCAAGUGCAUCACCGGAGACUGCGACGGAUUUCUAAAGUGCAACGGCGGCGGUACUCCACCAGUCAGUCUCGCUGAAUUCACUCUUGCGACGAGCCAAAACGAGAAGGAUUUUUACGACGUUAGCCUCGUCGACGGCUACAAUGUGGGGGUCGGGGUUAAGGCACUGGGCGGGUUCGGUGAUUGCCAAUACGCGGGUUGUGUGGCGGAUCUAAAUGGGAACUGCCCAGAAGAGUUGAAGGUUAUGGAUUCGGGUACGGUAGUUGCGUGCAAGAGCGCGUGUGCGGCGUUUAACACACCGGAGUUUUGUUGCACAGGCGAUCACGCAAGUCCUCAGACUUGCUUGCCGACUCAAUACUCGGUGAUGUUCAAGAAUGCAUGUCCAACAGCAUAUAGUUAUGCUUACGAUGAUGCUACGAGUACUUGCACUUGUUCCGGGUCGGAUUACUUGAUCACGUUUUGCCCAACUGGAUCAGGGUAGAUAGUUUCUGCUCUAGUGUUAGCUUCAGAAUUAUGUUACUUAAUUUUUCAGUGAUUCUAUUCGAUCAAAUUUAAUAAUUUACCGAUACUUUUAUUUCCGUGCACAAGGGCUCACAUGGUCGGGAAUAAACAAGGUGUACAUAGACCGUACUCCACAUUAUAUGUGAAAUGAU